AGCCUCGCCGCUGGAGAGACAUGGAUGCUGGUUGCUGGAUGGAAACGGCGUAGCUGGAUGAGGAAACUGCAGUACGCGCUACACAACACACAGCUACUAUAGCGACCGCAAAUUAUUAUUGCAAUUAAAAUGAAACUGACCCGAAAAUUAGUUCUUGCCAGAGCUAAAGCGUCUGACCUCGACAGUGUGAAGAAACUCAAUUGCUGGGGCUGUAACCUGACAGACAUCUCCAUAUUCACAGAAAUGCCCAAUAUUGAGGUCUUGACACUCAGUGCGAAUCAGAUCUCCUCGCUGGAGCACAUCACUCAGUGCCGGAGCCUGACGGAGCUGUACCUGAGGAGGAACAACAUUCAGAGCCUGGGGGAGCUGUGUCACCUGCAGGGCCUGUCCCAGCUGCGUGUGCUGUGGCUGGCGGAGAACCCCUGCUGCGGCACCGACCCCACCAAAUACCGCCUCACCGUCCUGCGAACGCUGCCCGGCCUGCAGAAGCUGGACAACCAAGUGGUCACAGAGGAGGAGUUGGCCCAAGCUCUGGAGGAGGGAGCGGAGAUCAGCUCAGCCCCUCCCCCAGAAUCUGUUUCUGCCAAUGGGCUCUCAGAGGCGGAGACAGACAGUGAUGGCCUCAUGUACAGCAUGGAGGAGACCAAUAAAAUCCGCGAGCAGCUUGGAAUGAAGCCCUUACCCAGAGAUAAAUUCCCAUCAUUCUCCUCUCCGCGUGACUCGGGACUGCCUCUGGGGAGACGGAGUCACGUUCUGGAGGCCGUGCUGCUCCUGCUGAAGGAGCUGAACAGUGAGGAGUUGCAGGAGGUGCAGACGGCAGCGGAGAGCCGUGCGCGUGCCCUCCACAGACACAGCUGCCAGGCAGAGCGUAAAGACCUCCUCCAGCAGUGAGCAGGGCUGGGCCGGGCCCGCAGGGGGCGCCAGUGAGACGAGCCGGACAGGGAGACGCUAAGAGGAAGGCCCUCCGAGACUGUGCCCACACCCUCUCCUCUCAUCGCAGAAUGAGACCUGUCCGAACGCAGCCUCUGCACACCCUCCCCUCUCCCGUCACAGGCAGUGCAGAGCCACCGAGACGCAGCGACACUCCAGGGUUCAUGUUGUGCUUUCUCUGAGCUGUGAGUUCUGUUCCUCUCUCUGCGCCUUUGUGACCGUGUUGGUUUAAUCGCACUCACAGCUUCUGCCU